AUGAGCGGCGGUGCAAAAGACUCUUCGCGCAGGGUCUUUAGGUCCACGCCACCAAAGGUCGGGCUCGAACAAGGCCUGGAGCUGGAGGAGAUCGGAACAGACACAUACCAAAAUAGACAACUUCCCUGGACAUGGCCUGGCUCUCAAGUCGUACCAGGCGGCAUUCUCGCCGCACUGGCUACGAACGCAGCUUACAACACCUUGACCUCUGACUUCGCCAUCGACAUGCUUCAGAUCCAAUUCCUCGCGGGGCCCUCACCGAAAGCACCCAUGCAAUUGCAAGUACAACGUCUCAAUGACGGAGGUCGAUUCGCUACACGACUUAUCACUACCACUCAAGCCGGCAAAACGAUCUCACACGUCACUUGCUCCUUCGUCCGCGCUGCAGCUUUCGGUGGACCCAGUAUAUCCCAUUCUCCUCAACGCGCGACGUCUGAUAACAUAUCCGAGAUUACGUUAGAUGACCUCGAUGAAGGGCGCCAUGAUGAAGGACCUUGGUUGCGGUAUCAAAGACUUUCUCUCACGAACGACAGGAUGGGCUAUGAUCCGGAGAAAUCAUUGCCAGAGCAUUUGGUGCAUACUUUCGCUGCGAAAGUCUUUCCCGAGGUACAGGUAUCCGAUAAAAGGAUGCACGCGCUGGGAAUUAUUGCGCUUUCCGAUUUCCAUGUGCUGAAUUGUCCUGCCAUUGUGCACCAUUUGCAAUUGGGUCAGCCGGCGUUGGGAGAUGUGGACCGGACAUCGAGGACGCCUGACUUUGAUCGGUAUACGAGUUUGAAUCAUUCGAUUUACUUUCAUCGGCAUGAAGGGUUUCGAGCUGACGAGUUGAAAUAUAUUGAGGCGAGGAGUCCUUGGAGUGGGAAGAGGCGAGGGUUUGUGGAGACGAGGAUUUUUGAUGGUAGGGGUGAAGGAGAAUUGAUUGCGACUUGUACGCAGGAGACGUACUAUGUACUGAAAGAGGGGAUAUUGAAGGAGAAGUUAUGA